AAUAACUAAGGAAAUUUUCAUUUGCAAAUUACAAACAUUUUAAAGCAUAUUGCAAUUUACUGUAUAUAAUUUAAUGAAGAUGUAAGCACAGGUAUAUAAGACGAAAUGCCUAGCUCAAAAAUGGAUAUUUAUAUAACUAAGGGUAUUAUCAACCCCAACUAUCCUGGAUUUCAGAAAUUUGCACAUACCCUCUCUGAUGAGUACAUCGAGUACUCGGACAUGGAAUGUAACGAAAGUGAUUUAACGGAUAGCGACAGGGAGGAGGAACAAAAUACAUAUAAUACAAAGGUUGCUAGAAUUUCCGAAUCUAAAGCAUGUGAAAAUACUCAAGAUAUAAUUUUAAAAAAUGACGAAAAGCAUGGCGUUGACAAUGGAAACACAUAUUUGUUCGAUACAACAGCAAACUGCUCCACAUCAGCAAAUAUACCUGAUCUUGUAAAUGAAAACUAUAAGCCGGCUUCUGAAACGCCGAUACGAACUUUAAACAAACCAGAUCUGAUCUAUAACCUUAGCAAAAAUUGUGUAAAUAAUUCGGAUUUUUCUCCAUGGCUCUGUACAAAAUACGAGGGGCAACUACAGGGACAAAGUCCCAUAGAUAUUGUUGGAGAUUUUGGUGGGGAAGUUGAGAGAGAGUUUGAGCUACUUAUCACAGGAUAUAAAAACAAAACUAAACAUGAUGUGGAGUUAAAUGAAUUAAAUUUAACAAAGAACUUUCAGAUAUGUGACGCAGAACUAUCAAAUGGCACGGAAGCUUUAAAGCAAUCACAAUCAUCUCGUUUUUCUGGACAUAGCAUCCGGAAAAAUAAGAAAAAGAAUACACCAUAUGGACAUGAAAUGACAAAAAGUAAACAUCAUAAACCGUCUCAUGAUGAAAGACAGCUACCACCGGACACAUUUGAAUACAAGAUAUGUAAUCAAAAGAAAAACUUUCAUCCGGAUACGGAAAGUUAUUCUUCAAUGUCGGAAAAAAUGAAAUGUGAUACGCAGAACAUGAAUCAUGUUGAUGUACCAAAUUUAAGCAAUUUAGAAAUAGGCCAGUCUCGGCCGAGUCUCCAAGAAGAAAAGAAACCAUCUGAAAACCGCCGAUACCAGAGUCCAUCAUGCUGGUCCCAAUAUUUGGAAGGUCCCAACAAGUUUCCCAAAGUCAGCUCAUCUGCUGUGGUUUUAGAACAAUUUGAUGCUUAUAAAGUGGCUAAUGACAUGGAUAUGGAAACACUACAAAAUCAUGUUCAAAAAGUGAAGCAAAUAGAGAAAAAGCGCCGCUUUAAUCGGGACGAAAUAAGAAAAAGAUUGGCUAUCGGAGAUAAGGAUCAGUUGAAUAAUAUUACUCAAAAUAAUAAAGAGGAAUUUCUGACGGGAUCGGACAAUGAAAGUUCGGACUCUGAGACGUGUCCCAAACUCUCAAGUGGAAUGCUUCGGAAGCAGUCCGAAAUUUGUGAAACUAAGCGGAUUACGGAUAUGGAUAAUAAUAAAUCAUUCUUACAGAACCAAGUUAACCAACCCUGCAAUAUCACUCAUACGAUAAAUGGGAAUCCGAUUCAAAGCCACGAUUUCCCCUCAAACGAAAAUGAUUUCUUCUUCGCGAAACAAUCAAAGCUGCAAAUUGAGGUUAGAAUAGCCCUAGCUCAAUCAAAGGAAAUAGCACAAAUGAAAGUAAAGGCAAAAAAGCACGGUGUUACUCCCAUUGUGGAUGUAAUCCGUUCAAUGCUCUGUGAUGUUGGUAUAAAUAUGAAUUCCAAUCAUCGAUGGAUUUCCAGGCAAUUUCUCACUGGAAUUGAUGUUCCAACUCUUCAGUUAUUGGUGAACAAUCUUCAAAUAUAUAUCGAGAACCUUAAUGUUACUUUAGUAGAAAGCCUUAAAGAAAGAGAUGAUCUCAACUCGGACCAAGAUGACAUAUUACACGACCUCGAAAAAAUUAAUAAUUUUUUUGUUUACCAGCAGCAAACUGGACAGAAAAUCAAUCAAACAUUCCGUCACACAACAUAUGAUUAAACUUAAACUACACUUUCAAACUAACCGAAAAGUUUCUUUGCAAAUAUUGGAUUUUCAUGUUUAACUAAUACCAAACUACCAAAAAUGUUUAUGAAACACAUAUGUAUUUGAAAAGUUCUUUAAACACUGUUAUACUUAUGUAAUUAUUUAAAGCAAAAUAAAUAAAAUAUAGA